AUGUCAGAAGGUGCUCAGAACAAGAUCUUGUCGAAGCUGACCUCUCACGAGCAAGACGUCUUAAUUGCCUUCCUCAGCAAUCUGAAGCCCGGCGCACAGCCCAAUGUCGAGGUCGACUAUGACGGGUUGGCUACCGCACUUCGUCUGAGCUCUCGUAUAUCAGCUCAUGACGCCUGGAAAGGUGUGCAAAAGAAGCUCUUCGGUGAUGCAAAGCCAUCACUGGUGCUGGGACCACGAUCUAAAGCAAAAUCAGAAGCUUUGAUCCCAAAAACAUGCACCUCCUUUACCUCUCCAGUCGUUGCUCUCUGGUUCCUCUCUGAAACACACAAACUCUCAAUCCAUAGAGACAUGCUUCUUGAGAUUCCGUAUUUCGAGGAUGAGCUUGAUGCUGUUUCUCCGCAGGAGACGAGCGUUAGGAUACUGCGUUUUCCAGAACAUUCGCAGACUACUGGGGAGCAGUUGGUGCGCUGGCUGUAUUACAAAGAGCUGCCCGAAGACAUCCACGAAGUAUCACAUCUCGAAGGGCAGGAUGCUUCCGCCGCCAAUCGGCGGGUAUUCGACUCUUAUUUGCUUGCUACGGAGCUUGGAAUGGAAGAUUGGGCCAACCAUCUCAUCAACUUGUUCGCGGCUUUUCGUCCCAAGGAGAUACCCUUGUUCUCGGUCUUUCGCGAGCUUCACGAUGAGAUUCACGGUAGCAUGAAACACCUCGUCAUGACGAUGUGCGCUCUUUUGGUGCGUGAUCACGGUAUGCGCAGCGACACUUGUGCCACAGUCAAGGACUUUACAGACAAGGUCAAGGUAAACGGUGAAUUCGCCGUGGACCUCAUAGAGCAUAUGCACGUCCUUGGACAACGAAGUCUGGAAGACAUCACGAAGGCAGACAAAUGUGCCUGGCACACCCACGUCAGAACAGAAAAGUGCUCCUGA